GAUGAUCACUUUAUCCCUCCCACCACCGCGUGGCUGGUAUCAGGGAAGAUCCCUGGUAGCCAAAGGCGAAAAGCUCAGCGCCAAUCCCCCCCGUCCCCGCACUUGGCUAACUGCAGGGAAGGAUUUCUUUUCAGCCACAGGCAAACAGCCCAGUAGGAACGGCCACCUCUGUCCCCUUAAUUAAAUUCCCGUAUUUCAACCAGGUUACCAUGAGCGAUAUCACUCUCCUGAGGAUUACACAGCGAGAUAAAAAAUGGAUGUUGCUUGAAUGCCAGCAAACACCGGGACCAUAUGCUGCCAGGCUUUGUCAGGCAAUGAUACCAGAUUACUUGCUACUAGAAUGGCGUGGUCAAGUGUCCUACCAUGGAGGAUGGAAUAAGGCUGCACUGCCCAGAAACCUUCUGCAAAGGCUUUUGGAGUAGGAGAGCUUCAUAGAGAUGUCCCUGGAGGAUUUCCGCUCCAUUCCCUGACACGUUAACAGAUUUUUCCAGUAGCUGUACUGGCCGCGAAUGCAUCCCAAGUCCUCAGGGCAAAUUAAUCAUUAAAAACCGCUUGUUUAUAAACCAUGUUUUAUAUUUUAAAAGCUAAACUCACCUCAGGUCUCUUACAUGGGGUCAUGGUCUUGGGUACUGGCUUGGGAGGGUACUUCAGUCAGGGUGAGAAAAAGAUCCUGAGAAAAAGGGGAGAACGGAGUGCUGUGUGCUCUCCGCAAGCUCGUCCUCCUCCUCUUCCCCAUCCGCAGAAUCCUCAGGUGUAGCUGAUGAGAUUACCCCCGCCUCGGAAUCCACGGUCAGAGGUGGGGUAGUGGUGGCAGCCCCCUCUAGAAUUGCAUGCAGCUCGGCGUAGAAGCGGCAUGUCCGCGGCUCUGACCCGGAGCGACCGUUUGCCUCCUUUGUUUUUUGAUAGAGCAGUGCCGCGUGAAAGUCAAGGAGCUAAGACAAGCCUGAGUCCCUAUUGUGGCCUCUCUCCAUCAUGCCCUUGGAGAUUUUUUCAAAAGUUUUGGCAUUUCGUCUUUUCGAACGAAGUUCUGCUAGCACUGAAUCCUCUCCCCAUAUAGCGAUCAGAUCCAGUACCUCCCGUAUGGUCCAUGCUGGUGCUCUUUUUCGAUUAUUGAUCAUCAGUUGGCAACAGCAAAUGGGACAAAUGCCUAGUUUGGCAACAAAAGUGGGGUGCACCCCCUAGCGGGGCAUGGAGGAAUGUGCGGGUGGAGGUGGGAGAGUGGCAAUGCCAGCCCUGAGAGGAAGGGAAGGAAAGCUCAGGAGAGCAGCUUGGGCUGGGCCAGCCCCACGCGGGUGGGUGGCAGGGGGCUUCAGGCUGGCCUCGUGCAGGGGGGCCUUGGGCCAGCCCCACACAGUGUCCCAUUUUCCCUUUGGGAAAAUAUGGUCACCCUGCCUCAGACACACUUUCUUCCCCGUAUAUUCUUUUCAGCUGCUGCUUCUUUUGAUUCUGCAGACUGAGAAAAUCUUGCAGAACCUGUGGGGGUUUUUUCAGCCUGAAAAAUGUCCUAGUCUGAAGUGAAAGUGAAAAUUGUCAGUACAAGGAGGGGUUAAAGUAUCAACAGGAAGAGCUAUCCGUCUCCACUGGGAACAAACGCAGAGCAGAGGUUGUUUGUGCAAGAUGGAAUCUCCAGCUAGUUUCACGGGGGGAGAAGCUUACCAGAAAGAUUUUGACCCUGCAGCGUAUUUGAAAACCUACUAUUCCUUCGGUUCCAGUCAUUGCCAAGGGAAUGAAAUUCUGGAAUUAAACCUGAGAAGCCUGUUUAAGAUAUUCAUUUCAGGUGGGGUGAAAGGCGACACCCUGAUUGACAUCGGCAGCGGCCCCACCAUUUAUCAGCUCCUCUCCGCCUGCGAGAACUUUAAGGAGAUCAUCGCUUCGGACUAUACCGACCGGAACCGCCAGGAACUGGAGAAAUGGCUGAAGAAUGAGCCAGGAGCGUUCGACUGGACUCCAGUGGUGAAAUACGUGUGUGAGCUGGAAGGAGACAGGGAAAACUGGGCUGAGAAGGAAGAGAAGCUGAGAAAGAAAGUCAAGCAGGUUCUGAAAUGCGAUGUGUCCAAAUCCAACAUCUUGGCCCCUGUGUCUCUGCCCCAGGCCGACUGCCUGCUCUCCGCACUGUGCUUGGAAGCUGCCUGCAAAGACCUGAACAGCUAUCGUGCAGCACUGAAGAACAUCAGUUCUCUGUUAAAGCCAGGAGGCCACUUGGUGAUGGUGAUAGUCCUGAAAGAAACCUACUACAUGGUAGACCAACGCAGGUUCUCCUGCCUCUACCUGGAGCGGGAGUCGGUGGAGGAAGCCCUGAGAGAGGCCGGGUAUGAUGUACAAUGUAUGGAGGUGACUCCAAACCGUUCCCAACGCACAUUUUCAGAUUUUGAGGCUGUGCUGAGUCUGGUUGCGUGCAAGCGGCCUGCUUAGUCCUGCUGAAAAUGAGCAGGAAAGAGCCUUGGCGCAAGGGAAAGGGCCGGGCCGGCCUUAGGGAAAAAGGCGCCUGGGGCAAACUUGUAUUUUGGCUCUGUGAGGGGCAGGGAGUUGUAGGAGGCGUGGAGCACAGGGAGCUGGGGUGGGGGCUUCUCAGAGCCAAACCUGCACGUGAUUUUGCAUUGGCAUGUGCAUUAAUCAAAGAAUAUAGAAUUGAUAGAUAGGACAUGUAACCCAAGGACCCCUUGACGCCAACUGGCAGAUGGCCCCAGGGUACAUAGGUGUAGAGGGAUCUCCUGGGUUCGUCAAAAGGGGUCAUGUAAGGUCUCUAAUGAAAGCCUGUGUCACACUGAUCGUCAUAAUCAUUGCAAGAUAUAUGUAUGGAAAACGUGAAUAGUUAUGGAUCUAUACUAAAAAUGAUGUUCCCUAGGACUGUGAGUUAAGGCAGGCCACCAGGUGAUCCACAUACCUCUGUCAUGCAAGACAGUGAUGCGUAUGUCACGCUGGCUCAUCAUGUGCAAACUGAGCAUUGUGUGGUUCCCAAAGGACACCCAUUUACAAUCUGAGCCAAAUGCUAAUCAAUUGAUUGCAGGGGCUUCAGGAAAAAAUAAGCCAGCAGGGGUUAUCUUGAUUAGGCAUAAAGCAAUGAACUUUUGAAACUAUAUCGGGGGUGCAGAUGAACCUCCAGUUAUUCCUUCAGUCUGUGAGCACUGCCAGCAGGAUUGAUUUGAUGAGAAGGGAGCUCAGCUAAACUGGUUGAAAAUUCUGAGAAAAGGAUGUGGGGUAAGCUAUCUCGUAGGAGAUAGCAGAAUGCCUGGUUAGGUGAGUUUCGGCUCUAGAAAGCACGUUAUGAUUUUGUUUGAUAUGUAACCACUGCUUUGCAAUAUCCUCACUUGCUGUCCUUGAAUCUCUGUUUUGAUAAUAAACUUAUUCCUGUUUUCA